UUCUCUUAUUCCCUUUUCCCUCUCCCACUACUCUCGUGUUCUUUCUUAAUUUUCCGGUGAAAUGGAUGGCGGCAAGUGGGGCGGCGCCGGCGUUAUGACGGCGGCGCACAUCGACGACUUUAAGUGGAUCGCGUCGAUCCUCGACCCCGAAAUCUCAAACGACGACGUCAAACCUUGCAAGUCCGAUCCCUUCACCUCUCACCUCAACCAAGCUUUCCAAAAUCUGGAUGCAGUAACAGCAUUUUCGACUACAUGUGGUGGAACAGGAGUAACAGAUGAUACCUUUGUUUGCUCCCAAAACCUCACUCCCUUGCAAUCCACCAUCUCUGCAACUAUUGAUUCUCAGUCCUCUAUUUGUGGUACUGUUGGGAGCCCAGUGUCUGCAAACAAACCAAACAGCACAGAAAAUGAAAAAGUCAAAGGAAACACAACAACAAGUGGUUCCUCACGUGACCCAUCUGAUGAAGAUGAAGCAGGCACUAACGCUAUUGAUAUAAAACGUCUCAGAAGGAAGUUUUCUAAUCGCGAGUCUGCAAGGAGGUCCAGAAGAAGAAAACAAGCCCAUUUGGCUGACCUCGAGUGGCAAGUUGAACGGCUGAGACUGGAAAAUGCAAACCUAUUUAAGCAGCUUACAGAUGCAAGCCAACAAUUUCGUGAGGCUGAUACGAAUAAUCGAGUCCUAAAAUCUGAUGUCGAAGCUUUGAGAGCUAAGGUUAAGUUAGCUGAGGAUAUGGUCACUCGGGGCUCACUCCCUUUUAGCAAUCAGCUUCAUCAAAAUCAGUGUCAAUUAGGCACCCCACCACAGCUCAACACGAAUAGUACUCUACGUGGCAUGGCACAUGUUUCACCAACCAUCACCAUCCAAGGGAAUAAUAACAAUGAUGCUUCAUAUGGUGCUGCUGGAAUCACAGUUAGUAGCUUGGAUAUACCUUGCAAUGAUUUCAAUAACGAUAAUGUUGUGAGCUCUAUGACUACCUUGUGGCCUUAAGCCUUUCAUUAACUUUGUAGUACUGUCUAGUUAGAUAUCCAACUUUUAUGUAUGCCUUAUUAGAUUUGUAGGUUAUAUCAUGGAAAAUAUUGUUGCUAUUUUCCAUGCACAAAAAACUUUUUCUACUUGUACCAAACUAUCUAGAAUACUUAAUUAGCAUGUUGUGUGUUGAACUAAACAGUUUCUUUCUUCUU